AUGCCCAUUAGCCUCCAUGAUGUCCACCAGCGGUGGAUAAACCGCGCAUUCGUGGAAUGGGGUAUGAAUGGAAUCAUCAACAGUGCUGAAGCAGACCUUCUCUGGAGCGGAGUUGGAACCACAUUCAAUAAUUUCACUGGUGUUCACCAAGGAUCAGUCAAGGAACCUGAUCAUUUCCUGCGUGUGGACACAGACCCUGACCCUCGCAUUGUCGUAGAAUCAGGUUGGAGCGAAUCGUUCACCCAUCUACGGAGUGACAAAAACCUGUGGCUCAAAGGAAAUCCAUCUGUUGUGCUAGUGAUCCUACUCAAAUGGUCUGCCUUGUCGUACAACAGAAUAAAGGGCACUGUCGAAGUUUGGCGCAGGGAUAGCACCGGCAACCUUGUCUCCUCCACGAUGCCUAUCUUCCCCGCACCAGUACCUUUGCCCCAGAACGAGCUGAUUCAAUUCACGAAAGGCGACUUAUUCGGACCAGCCCUGCUCCCGGGGCAAGCAAUAGGUACUCUACUCGAGCUGGAUCUUGUUAAGCUGCGGACGUUUGCAUCUGAGGUGAUCGGAAAAAUGGGAAUGCGACCUGCAUGA